AUGGCUUGGCAACGAGCAUUAUCUUCUCAAGAAAUACUGAGUAUAUUAGAAGAGGAAAAGGAUUUAGAAGAUGCCAAUCAAAUCGAUGCCGUGUACAUCCCCCCGACGGUUGAUAAUCUUACAGACGAGGAAGACCUAGAUGAUGACGCGCUAGGUGAUUACGAAAAUACUGUGCCCACUGAUAUCGCUGAAACGUAUGAAAUCCACACCGAUUUACCCGCAGAGCCUGAAAAUACGCAAGGUGAGCCCGGUCCUUCAACUUCGAAAAAGCCAAGACUGCCGAAGAAGUCACCAAAAUAUGUUCCAGACUGGAAAAAAGAACAUCCAAUUUAUACACAUUUUCCUACAAGUGACGAAACAGCAAUGACACAGAAUAUUGAAGAACGUGUAGGUGGAAAAACACCUUUUGAAGUAUUUUCCUUAUUUUUUAGUGAUGAAGUUUGGGAACAGAUUGUAGGUUUUUCAAAAAAAUAUGCGUGUGACCAUAACCGUCAUUUAUUUACCCUCACGGUAGCAGAACUCAAAAGAUUUUUUGGUAUAUUAUUAUUGACUGGAUAUCAUUCUUUGCCUGCUGCGAAGUUAUACUGGUCAAAAGAUGAAGACAAAAAUGUAUCAAUUGUAAGAAAUUGUAUGAGUCGUAACAAAUUCGACUCUAUAAAGGAAAAUAUUCAUUUAUGUGAUAAUACUGAUCUGCAUCAAAAUGAUAAAUUCGCUAAAUUGCGUCCUAUUUUCAAUAUAAUAAACCAAAAAAAUAUGCAGUUCGGAAUAUUUUCACACAACUUGUCAAUUGACGAAGAAAUGGUGCCGUAUUUUGGACGUCAUGGUUGCAAGAUGUUCAUCAAAGGAAAGCCUAUAAGAUUUGGAUUCAAGUUAUGGUGCUUAUGUAGUUCAAAUGGUUAUCUGUACCAGUUUAUUCCAUAUGGCGGAAAGAAUAGUAAUGUUACUAGAAAUGAUUUAGGUCUGGGAGAAAAUAUUGUUUUAGACCUAUUGUCCGUUAUUGAAGACCCACGCAAACAUCGCAUUUUUUUUGAUAAUUUCUUUUCUUCACAUAAAUUGUUUUCUAUUUUGAAAGAGAAAGGCUAUUUUGCCACUGGUACUAUUAGAGAAAAUAGAACAAUGAAUAAAAACUUGAUAAAUACGAAAAGUCUUCAGAAAAAAGAGAGAGGGUCAUUUGACUAUAACUUUGACCAAAAAUAUGAAGUACUGUUGGUUCGAUGGAAUGACAAUUCUGUGGUGAAUGUGGCUACUAACAACGCAAAAAUCGAACCAUUGGUUACAGCAAAACGUUACGAUAGAAAGAUAAAAAAGAUGGUGAAUGUGCCACAGCCCCAGGUUAUAGCAGAUUAUAAUAAAAAUAUGGGAGGCGUAGAUCUCCAUGAUAAUGGAAUAGCCAAUUAUAGGAUUCAAGUAAGAGGGAAAAAGUGGUGGUGGCCACUAUUCAUCAAUUUGAUAGACAGUGUUUUGGUAAACUCGUGGAAAAUUUACAAUCUGGCGAAUGAGCGAUCUUUGAGUCAAUUGGAAUUCAAAUCUUACGUUACUGUAAGUUUAAUGAAAACCGAAGAAGCCCAACUUGCAGAUAAUUCGCAUUUUUUGGGUAAUUCAAAUAUUAAUCUAGGAAGACCAUCGAAAAACGCGUUACCUACCAAUAUUCGCUUCGAUAAUAUUGGUCAUGUCAUAGGAGAGCAGGAAAGUAAACGUCGAAGAAGAUGUCGACAGUGUAGAAGUACAACAAUUUAUAUGUGUAAAAAAUGUCAAGUACAUCUUCAUGCUGAUUGUUUUAAAAUAUUUCACUCACGC